AUGAACAUUUUCAAGGCUCGGAAUUUGCGGUGUCGAACUGAUGGGGCGAUUUCUAUGCGUGUAUCGAUCGUUGGGAAUGACGAAAAGCGUUUGAAACGUAAGAAGACGGGCACAAGGAGAAACGUGCGCAACGCCCAGUUCAACGAAUCGCUUACAUUCGGCAUUCCAAAGCGAGCACUCUGCGACAUUACUCUCGAAAUUGAGGCUAUUCAUGAAACGGGUACAUUUGGCAUGACAACAGAAAUCGUCGGGAGGAUGGAGCUUCCUUUACACAGGUGCAAGGAUCUAUGGCGAGCGAUCAUUCACGAGGAAAAAUCUCAAGCACGAUGGUAUCCACUGGAGGAGCCAUAA